AAUGGGCCCAUCUAGGCCCGUUUAGCCCUAAUGAUGACGCCUUGGGAGACGCGGUACCCUUUCCUUAUAAAUACCCUUCUCGCCUUUCAUUCUUCUCAUUCUUCUGCAGACUCAGGUACUUUCUCUCUCCUCUCUUCCACUUCUCUCUCUAGCUUUUGAUCGUAGAUCUUUUUAGGAAGCGUACGAGUUGUUCUCGAUAAUCUUCAUGUCGUCGGGCGGUAGGUUAUCUCGUGAACAAAAAGGGAAAGCAGUGGCGGCUAGUUCGAAUCCUAGUUCGAGUCCUGUGAGGGACGCAGUCGGAGAUCCUCUCGCCACACUUGAGUCGAUUCAUCGCGAGGCUAUGAUGGAUACUGAGAAUAUGGACACGCCGCAGUGAGCUUUGGUUGCCGAGUCAGCGAGGCAACUUCGCGAAGAAAGAGUGCACGCCGCAUCCGAUGCUCAGGAUUGCGCGAGAGACGGUCGUGCGGAGCGAGUGACGGGGAAGAUACUCCUCCUGACUUUGUUCCAACCUGCUACCAUCCUGGUGGGAUCUUCGAGGAACUUCCAUCAUUAGCGUCGGAGUUGAUGCAUUCUCCGACCGCAAAGGGACAGUCUUGGGGAAACGUCGAACAGACUUGGUCGACUCCGAGCAGUGUGAAGAUUCUACUCAGAAGGUGUAGCGGAGUCGGGGUGACUUUUCUUAUCCCCACGAAGGCUCAUAGGCCGUGGUCUCUGCCGAUAGGGUUCUAGUGUGUUUAUGAGUCAUACUUUGAAGAUGAGACGAGACUCUGGUUCACGAUUCCUCGACUCCUGACGUCCUAUGCGAGGCGUCGCGAUGCAGCAAUUUCCCAAUUCCUGAAUGGCUCAUUUCGUCUUGCAGUCGCGAUGAUGGUGAAGGCAGCAGAGAUCGAUGUGUUGAUGAGCGUCCGAGCUUUCGAGGAGCUGACGUAUCUUAAAUCGAUGGGAGAGGGACUUUUCUCGAUUCAGAUGAGGCCGAACUAUAACGUGAUGGCUGGACAUCCCAACAAGACGUCUUACUGGCAGCGUUAUUAUUUCUUCGUUAAGUCGGAUGGGUUUUCCUUUGAAGACCCGCCCGACGACAGCUUUCGAGCUUUAUGGAACCCCAAUCUUGGUAGAAUGCAAUCAUUAGUAAGUGAUGACUUUGAUUUCUCGUUUCUUAUCACUUCUCUUUUUUGUUGUGCAGUUGACCAUCCGGAUACGGCCACUUAUCCCGAAGAGUUCAUAGCGAGUGCUCGCGCUGUCGCAUCGCUUUCUCAAGAUCGAUGGGAGAACAUCACUGUCGAGAAGAUUCGACGUCUUUCCGACAGGAUUUCCAAAAGGGAAUGGAGGUCUGACCUAUUUCCCACUGUUGUUGGCAACAAGCGAUGGCUUUCGUUGUUUACUAAAGCAGAGCAGAAGCAGAUCAACGCAGCUAGGAAAAUGAAGGCAUUACCGGAUCUGAGUGCGAUUCUUGGAAAGAGGUUGGGGGGUUCGUCGAGUAAUGAACCAAUGGUAGUUUUUAGCGAGGCGAUUCGAGAAGAAACUUUGGCUGCGAGUCCUCGUUCGGCAGCGGUCCCCGAUCCAUUGGAUACCGAGCUCGCGGAGGAGAGCCUUGCUCCAGAGGUCGUUGAACCGGAGAAGGUUAAUAAGAAAGGAAAAGAAGUGGGCUGCUUCCGGUCCUUCCGUUUCAUCAGUCGAAGGGGUUUGGCGGAUGCGCAAUCAGACGAGCCUCCUAAGAAAAAGACGAAGAAAAAGAAGAAGAAGAAGUGAUGCGCCUCAGUUCAUGGAUCAGUACAUGAAACCGGACCAGACUGAAGAUCAGACCGUUCAGAACGACUCAGCCGAGGUUCGUCUAUCCGACCUUGACGAUCAGGACGUUCGAGCUGUGUAUCGUCUCGACCCGCUUACAUCUGGAAUGGAGCUUCAGCCAGAUCCACGACCAGAUGUCCGAACUAACCGCACCAGAGCUCGUCCUUCCCAACCAUCUCGACAAGCCAAAGCCAACAGCCGAGCCAGACUUGACUUAGGUCGUGAGGUUUCCCAAAACGGUCACGACUUCUCUCUUUUGGGCCGUUUGGUUCGUACUAAGUGUCCUAAAGGCCAAACCGACGGACUGUCUUCCAUGUCUGACGCACUGAAGGAUUUCUAUCACUCAGAUUUCUCUAAGGCACGAAUUAUCAAGCUAUCUGAGGACUUAGGCCGCAUCAGUGCACUGCUUGAUCACCCGGCGGACUGUCCAGACCGUCCCGCGUUCGUCCAGCUCCUUACCGUGAUCGAACCAACUUGGUCGGAUGAAUCUAGACAUCAGCCGAAGGGUCACCUUGACCAGAUCUGAUCUGAAGAGUUUAUUUGACUGCCUUUCAACAUUCUCAGUCAACUUUGUCAUUUCCUAAGUGUUUUAUUUAUGUCUUGUUUUGACCACAAGUAGUAUAAGUAUGUAAACUCUUUCUCAUAAUCAAUGAAUCGAUUUUCUUUCAAAGUUUAUGAGUUUAUCUCUUUGUUCUUCGCUUAGAACAGUCUUGUUUCUUGUCGAGUGAUUCUCCAAGUAAACAAAUCUACCCUUGUUGGUCUUGACGUAACAUUUUAAACCACAAUCGAAGCCGGUAGUAUCAAGAGGUCUUUCCACAACCUUUUGUGUCGCCUUUCAAACCACCUAGUUCUCCCAUUUUUGGUGAGUUCAUAUCCAAAAUCCCGUUGAGUGAUCCUGUCCGAAUCUAGGACGUAUCAAAGUGGUAUCAGAGCCACUCAACCGGUACUAUCUAUCCAUCAAUCUUCUCAUCUUCCAUUUUUUUCUAACUCUUUUCAUCUUCUUCUUUCUAUCUCAAAUCCGGGCCAUCUCUUUACCAGUCACUAGUUUAUAAAAAAAAAAGAAAAGAGAUCUAUAUAAAAAAAAAAAAAAAGAGAAAAAGAAUCAA